AUGGAUGAACCUAAAAGUAGUAGACAGAAAGAGGUCAACAGUGAAAUUGACAAUCAAGUUGCUCCGGAUGGCAAGGAUGAUGUUGUUGAUGAGAAAGAAGAAGGGUUAGCUUCCCAAACCUAUGAUAGUUUACGAAUGCUUACUAAGGUUGAUGUUUUGCAAAUGAAAUUCAAUUCAGAGGAGGAUGCUUAUUCUUUCUACAAUGCAUACGCUAAGUACAACGUCGAUAAGGAUAACCGGUUGGACAAGAUUUUUUGGGCAGAUGGUAGGUCUCGGAUGGACUAUGCUGCAUUUGGUGACGUAUUGGUAGUUGAUACAACUUAUCAUACAAAUCAGUAUAAGAAGCCAUUUGUGAUUUUAGCUGGCGUGAGUAACCAUUUUAUGACAAUCAUAUUUGGAUGUGCUUUGUUGCCUGAUGAGGCAAUGGAGACAUACACUUGGGUGUUGGAAACGUUAAUGGAUGCCAUAGAUGGACAAAGACCCAUCUCUGUUGUAACAGAUGGUGAUAGGGCAAUGCGUCAGGCAAUCGAAAGAGUUAUUCCAAAUUGUAGACAUCGUUUAUGUUCUUGGCAUCUGGAGAAAAAUGCCUCAACAAAUGUCCACAUACUAGAAUUUACUAAUGAUUUCGCACAGUUGAUGUUAAAGAAAUGUAAAAUUGUUGAGUUUGACAAUGCUUGGGCUCGUAUGGUGAAACAAUACAAGUUGGAGAACAAUAACUGGGUGUUGGAGAUUCACUGCAAGCGUGAUAAGUGGGCUGAGGUGUAUCUUCGUGGUCACAUGUUUGCUGGGAUGAGGAGCACUCAACGUGUCGAGGGUAUGAAUGCAUAUUUCAAUAUGUUUCUAGAACAAAAGGUAAGGUUGUACGAAUUUGUAGCACAAUAUGAUAGGGCUCUUGCUAGGAUGUGUGUUAAUGAGGCAGAAACAGAAUCUAAAACAGAGAAUAGUUUCUCGGUUUUGACUACGCCAUUGAGAAGUUUGGAAAAACAUGCAGCUGAGCUCUUUACUUGGAAGAUUUUUUCAUUGUUUCAACGUGAAAUCAGCAAAGAGGGUAAAUUGUUUGUGAUGGAAAGAGUUGAGUUGGAGGAUCGUCGCACCUAUCAUUUUGGUGAGUACAAGGCACCAACAAGCACAUGGACAGUUGAGUAUUUUCCAGCAGCUAUCACAAUAAAAUGUUGUUGCUUGAAGUUUGAGUCAUUUGGCAUCCCUUGUUGCCACAUGGUUGCUUUCAUGAAAUCUGAACAAUUAAUGUGUAUUCCACCAAGUUGUGUCUUAAAGAGAUGGACAAGACGUGACAACAAUUUUGAAGAGGCAAGGGAAAUGGCUUUCCAGAUGACAUUGAAGAUGAAAAAGAGCUGGGCAAUGCAAACAGAAUAUAAUACCGAGGUUGGGGACAAAAAUAUUGCAAGGGAAUUAGAUUCUUUUCACUUUGGUCCAAAUUAUAACAAACGUUAUACUUCUGUGACGGAAAAUGCCCCGUGGGUCAAGUUCACCUAA